AUGGCGCGCUCCAAGAUCGUGCUGCUCGCCGUCCUCCUGGCCGUGGCGGCGCUCUCCUCCGCCGCGGCAUGGGAGGAUUACGAUCACCACAUGUACCACAAGUGCUACAAGUCCUGCAUGAGAAAGUGCGACGACGACUACGACGAUGCCGCCGUCGUCACUACGAACCGCGUCCGCACGCUUGCCGUCUCCGUACCCGUCGACCACCACGACCACCACGGCGAAGACGACGACUACGACGAGUGCAGGGAGGAGUGCACGGAAGACUGCAUCGACUACGUGCCCGGCGUCUGCUACCACCACUGCGUAUCCCACUCCUGCCUCUACAUGGCACCAUAUAGUUAUGGGAGAGCGGCUUGCUUCAAGGGAUGCAGCCACAGAUGCUACCACCACCGCCGUCAUCAUGACCACCAACAGCACCAUGAUGAUGAGGACGAGGACGAAGACGAAGACGACGAUAGCGGAAAGCCGAAGCCUGGACCGAAGCCACCGAAGCCCGGGCCGAAGCCGGGGCCGGCUCCGGCGCCUGUGCCGCCAGAGCCGCCGGUGCAGGUGCCACUGAUGCCGGGUUCCCCUACCAUGUCGCCCAACAACAAUUGA